CCUGGAAAGUUCUUGGAAAUCGGUCUUUUGUGUAUAGCUGUGGGUUUAAUGGGGAUUUGGUUAUUCAAAACACAUACCGAAGGAAGGGGAUUCAACGUCGCAGAAAAGACUGUCAUUGGGAUCUGUACCAAAAACAAGACAAGCGUGGUUUGGUGACUUUCUGCAUUAUAUUUUAAAUCUUAACAUUACCAGCAGCAAGCGAGUCGUGCGGAGUCGACUUGCCUCGGUCGCGAGACGUUGUCAUCGCCUGUUUUGCACCACGGGUUGGAAAAAUAUUCUGAGUUUGUUUGCCACCUCGCCAAAAUGACAACUGAUUGAUUAGCCCGUCAGAAGAUAAAUAAUACGACAUGGAAAACUCUAGCUAUGUAAUCUGUCAUCUUUCAAUGUGAUCGACAUGGUUACACUGGCUAGCGGUUCCCUGGAAGUGUGUAGCUAACGAGCGGUUUCGUGCUUUAUUUAUUCAUCUUAGUCCCCUUUUCUUUAGGGAGAAGUGUGUAUUUGAAUGGUCAUCGUUUGAGUCGUUUGGUGCAGGAUCCACUCGCAAAUAGGUGAUAUUUCAUUCAUAACUAUCUGUUCAUAGUAUAUUUACUUUGUAAACUAGCUAGUCAGCAUUCGAUAGCUAAACUGUAAUGUUAGAAAUGUGUUGAACAUACGCGAUAGUCGAUGGCACGUGCUUUAUUGGCUUUGGAACAGUGGUUAUUUAAAAACGUUUACACGACCUCAAUGUAGACUUUAAUGUAGCCUACACAAAAUAAUCAAACAGCUACAAUAGACAAGUUGCAAACACCGAACAGGGCUGAUGGUGAUUUAUGUUUUCAGUAUCCCCCGCCCUGCAUAUAGUGAGUUUAAACUGCCAUUGCAAUUUCCGAGAAGUAGUCGAUUUCGCAGAUCGUGCCUUUAAGCUGUUUAUUUAUUUUUUAAUGCAGACAUAAAAAAACGUUUCAUAAUCUUUAAUCUCCACUCAUCAAUUGUAAUACCUCGAGCAUUUAAGUUAAUUUUAUUUUUUAUUGAAGAUUUAUCAAGCGAAUUAAUUAGGCUUUUCAGUGUUCACCUUGUUUCGUGCCCCCUUACUUGCCAUGUUGUUUUUUAAAGUUUGCGCAAAGGUAACCCAAUUCACAUACAUCAACUACCUUUAGCGCCAAUUGAAGUAUCUUCUGGCAAGGGAGUUAGAACCCCGACGCUCGUGCUGAACAUUAAAACGUAUCACUUGCGAUACGAUUUUUUGGAAAAAUAUUUCAUAUCAGCGAGAAAUUAAAUGACUACACGCCUUUAUAGUGUUAGGGUUGUCACACAGGUAUAUUUCUAUGUUACAGGGGUACCAGUACCGAGUUGAUGUUACGAGGUAAUUGAGGUAGAUGUGUACUUAAGAGUAGGGGUAAAAUGACGAGGCAACAGUUAGCAGCAGUUUUUGUGAUUUUGUCGGAAGUUAGUGCAAAGGUGGUUCAAUGCAGAUAGUCCGGUUAACUAUUUAGAAGGCUUAUGGCUUGGGGGGGGGGGCUCUUCGGGGUCCUGAUGGUGCAUCGCUACCGUUUGCGGUGCGGCAGCAGAGCGAACAGUCUAUGACUCGGGUGGCUGGAGUCAAGCACAUAACAGAUAUGUCACAAUGUAACGUUAGCUGGUAUCUAGCACGAAUGCCCGUGGUUAAACUUAAUUCAUUUACGUGUUUUUUUAUUUAUUAAUUUACAGGACGAUUCAUUUAUCAAAUUCGAGAAGAAACCUGCAGAAGAAACUGGUUUUGCAACUGAGGUGCAACUGCCUGUCUUUUUGGGAAUAUUUUUGCAUUUGUCGGAUGUCUUUUGGGCAAUUUCGGGUUGUUCCCCAAUGACCUGCCACUCACCCGAAUCCACCGAGACCAUCGAAAAUGAGAGAAGAACGGAUACCGAGUCGCGAGUUGUAGACUCCGAUGAGACUCGCAUCGGUCAAGCCAUGAAAGACCUUAAAAAUACAGGCUGGUACUGGGGCAGCCUGACCGCCAACGAAGCCAAAGAGAUUCUCCAGGAUGCAUCAGAGGGCACCUUCCUGGUGCGAGACAGCUCACAGAGGGACUACCUGUUCACCAUCUCUGCCAUGACCUCCGCCGGCCCAACUAACUUGCGCAUCGAGUACAAGGAGGGGAAGUUUAAACUAGACUCGGUGGUGCUGAUCAAGCCCAAGCUCAAGCAGUUUGACAGUGUGGUGCACCUGGUGGAACACUACGUGCAGCUGUCCAGGACUACCAGUAAAGGUGCAUCGUCAGGGGCGUCGCAGUCCCUGGCCCCACCCAACGGCACGGUUCAGCUGCUACUGACUAAGCCUGUGUACACUGCCACACCCUCUCUACAGCACCUGUCCCGGAUCGCCAUCAACAACGCCACCAGGCAGGUGCAGGAGCUGCCUUUACCCAACAGGCUAAAGAACUACCUGACGGACUACAGCUACAAUGUAUAGUAGGACCGCAAAUCCCAGAUGUGGUUUGGGAUAGAGAGCAGUGCACCUGCCAUUCAGUGGCAGUCAGACUAUGACCCAGUCCGAAGUCAGUCUUUAGCCCCAACCACUAGACACGGCUUGACGGCCCCCGUACUUCUGGAAGGAUUGCUGUUGAGCAAUAUGCUUAUAGAGCCAAGUCAGUCAUCUAAUCCUCAGGAAGCUAGGUGGAAUUUCUCCCAUAUUACUACACCCUUCCAGUUCCUUUAGUGCUACAGUUGUUCAUCAAAAAGGGCUUAGGAGUUGGAGCUAAGGGUUGAUUUCAGACCUGGGUCAUGUACAUAAUCUCUGAAACGGGUGCAAAUGUUUUCAAGCCGAAGUGGUAUACCCUGCCUGCAGACCAGCUCAGGUAAACAGGGUUUCGGAAACCUUCUGAACGAGACCCAGGAGGGAUGGCAGUUGGCACUCAACUUUUUUUUUUUUUUUGCUUCUCAUUUCACGCUCUUUGUUGUUGCUUUUUCUGCCUCAUGUCUGAGAAAUGAGCAUCUGACACGAUGUCUAUUUUUUGUUCUGAUUUAUGUUUGAGUUUGUUCAUAUUCUAUAUUUUAUUUUUUUGGUACUGUAAUCAAGAAGGGGCAGUGCUGGGGUGUUGUGAACUACAUGUAGUGCAACUAGUCAUUUAACUACCCUUUUCAGUAGCUUGGAGGUAGUUGAACUAAAUUCAAAUAUUGGUAGUGUUUUCAGUUAAUUGCUAUUUUUGCUGUGUAGCGAACUACAACAUUACAUUUAUUUUUAUUUUUUUAAUUGUCAAGUUUGCAACUUAUUUUUCAACCUCAGACUUACUUAAUUGUCACUUGAAAGUAGAGGUCGACAGAUUUUAAUCGGAAUGGCCAAUUUAAUUAGGGCCGAUUUCAAGUUUUCAUAACAAUCGGAAAUCGGUGUUUUUGGGUGCCGAUUUGCCAAUCUUUUUUUUUUUUUUUUUUUUACUAUUUAAAAAAUAAUGAUUUUAAUAACUUUCAUUUAACUAGGCAAGUCCGUUAACACAUUCUUAUUUUCAAUGAUGGCCUAGGAACGGUGAGUUAACUGCCUCGUUCAGGGGCAGAACGACAGAUUUUCACCUUGUCAGAUCCAAUCUUGCAACCUUACAGUUAACUAGUCCAACGCAAUAACGACCUGCCUCUCUCUCGUUGCACUCCACAGGGAGACUGCCUGUUACGCGAAUUCAGUAAGCCAAGGUAAGUUGCUAGCUAGCAUUAAACUUAUCUUAUAAAAAACAAUCAAUCAUAAUCACUAGUUAACUACACAUGGUUGAUAUUACUAGAUAUUAUCUAGCGUGUCCUGCGUUGCAUAUAAUCUGACUGAGCGGUGGUAGGCAGAAGCAGGCACGUUCAUUCAAACAGCACUUUCGUGCGUUUUGCCAGCAGCUCUUCAUUGUGCGUCAAGCAUUGCGCUGUUUAUGACUUCAAGCCUAUCAACUCUCGAGAUGAGGCUGGUGUAACCGAAGUUAAAUGGCUGGCAAGUUAGCGCGCGCUAAUAGCAUUUCAAACGUCACUCGCUCUGAGCCUUCUAGUAGUUCCCCUUGCUCUGCAUGGCUAACGCUGCUUCGAGGGUGGCUGUUGUCGUUGUGUUGCUGGUUCGAGCCCAGGGAGGAGCGAGGAGAGGGACGGAAACUAUACUGUUACACUGGCAAUACUAAAGUGCCUAUAAGAACACCUAAUAGUCAAAGGUUAAUGAAAUACAAAUGGUAUAGAGGGAAAUAGUCCUAUAAUUCAUAUAACUACAACCUAAAACUUCUUACCUGGGAAUAUUGAAGACUCAUGUUAAAAGGAACCACCAGCUUUCAUAUGUUCUGAGCAAGGGACUGAAACAUUAGCUUUCUUACAUAGCACAUAUUGCACCUUUACUUUCUUCAAAAACACUUAGUUUUUGCAUUAUUUAAACCAAAUUGAACAUGUUUCAUUAUUUACUUGAGGCUAAAUUGAUUUUAUUGAUGUAUUAUAUUAAGUUAAAAUAUGUGUUCAUUCAGUAUUGUUAUUGUCAUUAUUAUAAAUACAUGUUAAAAAAUAGGCCGAUUUUAAAUCGGCAUCGGCUUUUUUGGUCCUCCAAUAAUCGGUAUCGGCGUUGAAAAAUCAUAAUCGGUCGACCUCUACUUGAAAGUGUUUUGGUGUUUUAAUAGGGCCAGGGUGAUCUAACUUGCAAUUUGUAGUCUGACAUUUCAGAUUUAGAUAUAAGAAUUUCACGUAGUAGUCUGUAUGUAGUUAACUAAAGUUAUUUUGAAAAAUGUGUUAAGUAAGCUAUAAGUGUAGCUUAUUUUCUUCCAGUGCAAAAUAAUUGGUAUCUUGGUAAACUAUUUUCAGUGUCGUUUCCCCAACACUGAGAAGGGAGGAUUAUUAUUUAUUUUCACUCUUCUGAUUUUUUUUUUUUUGUGAUAAAGCACAAGCAAUAUACAGGCUUCAAAUCUUGCGUCGGUUUCUCUCACACUGUCUCACUCUGCCUCCUGCUAAGAGGUUAAAAGUAAGAGAUUUUCUGAACUUCUUAAUCCUGGAUGUUCCUCCCACUACGCAUCACUUUUGUGCAACACCUCAAUACUUCAUCACUGCAUUUUCCUUCGAUAGAAAAUGCCCUUGAGCAAGUCGCUGCUCACACCUCAGAACUAGACCUUGGUUAGACAGACAGACAGGCUGUAUCUAACAUCUAGCUAAUACUAAAAGAAGGAAUUACAUUUCCAAGAGCAUAUUAGAUGUUCGGCCAGGGGUUUUCAUUGGAUCCAAGUGAAUCUGAUUUUAAUCAAUAUUUUAAGUAUUUAUUGAUUGUGCUACUGUAUUUCCUAGAAAAAUAAGUUACAAAAAUAAAACCUGAAAGCAUGCUUUAUCAUCGCCUCUAUUCUGCAAUUUGGGAGGCAAUAAUGAAUGUGAUGCAGGGGUGUCAUGGUGCUCAUGUGUAUUGUUUGACUCAUUCUCCACUUUCAGUACAUAAGGUUCAGUGUGAACAAUUCUUGCAGAAUAUUCCAGAAUUCACUCUUGAUACAUGAUCAUGACAUUUACUGUUUUCAUAUGGUGCUUAAAUACAAGUGUCUAGUGUUUUUCUCUGUGAGGAAACCAGAAAAAUAAAACAAAAGAAUGGAAUCAAA